CCUCUGAACAUCCCUUGCAAAGCAUUCUUUGGAUUCAGUGGAGAGUCUGGGCCAAUGAUCUACUGGAUGAAAGGGGAGAAGUUUAUUGAAGAACUGGCAGGUCACAUUAGAGAAGGUGAAAUAAGGCUCCUUAAAGAACAUCUUGGAGAAAAAGAAGUUGAGUUGGCACUCAUUUUUGAUUCAGUGGUGGAAGCUGACCUGGCAAAUUAUACCUGCCAUGUUGAAAACCGAAAUGGACGAAAACAUGCCAGUGUUCUGCUGCGUAAAAAGGAUUUAAUCUACAAGAUUGAGCUUGCGGGGGGCCUGGGGGCAAUCUUCCUCCUCCUUGUACUGCUGGUCAUCAUCUACAAAUGCUACAACAUUGAACUGAUGCUCUUCUACCGGCAGCGUUUUGGAGGUGAUGAAACCACUGAUGACAACAAGGAAUAUGAUGCCUAUAUCUCUUACACAAAAGUGGAGCAAGAUACUUUAGACUGUGACAACCCUGAAGAAGAGCAGUUUGCUCUUGAAAUACUGCCAGAUGUCCUGGAAAAACACUAUGGAUAUAAACUCUUCAUCCCAGAAAGGGACCUGAUUCCAAGUGGAACUUACAUUGAAGAUCUCACAAGAUGUGUUGAGCAAAGCAGAAGACUUAUUAUCGUGCUAACUCCAGACUAUAUUCUCAGACGGGGAUGGAGUAUUUUUGAACUGGAAAGCAGACUCCAUAACAUGCUAGUCAGUGGAGAAAUCAAAGUGAUUUUGAUUGAGUGUACAGAAUUAAAAGGGAAGGUGAAUUGCCAGGAAGUGGAAUCACUAAAACGCAGCAUCAAACUUCUGUCCCUGAUCAAAUGGAAGGGACCCAAAAGCAGCAAAUUGAAUUCUAAGUUUUGGAAGCACUUAGUAUAUGAAAUGCCUAUCAAGAAGAAAGAAAUGUUAUCUCAGUGCCAUGUCCUGGACUCUGCAGAACAAGGACUUUUUGGAGAACUCCAGCCUAUACCCUCUAUUGCAAUGACCAGUACCUCGGCCGCUCUGGUGUCAUCUCAAGCUGAUCUCCCUGAUUUCCACCAUUCUGAUUCAGUGCAAAUGAGGCAUUGUUGCAGAGGUUAUAAACAUGAGAUGCCAACGACCACCUUGCCAGUACCUUCCUUAGGCAAUCACCACACUUAUUGUAACCUGCCUCUUACUCUACCCAAUGGACAGGUACCCCUUAAUAAUGCCCUAAAAGAUACCCAGGAACUUCAUAGGAACAGUUCUUUGCUACCUUUAUCAUCCAAAGAGCUUAGCUUUACCAGUGAUAUUUGGUAGUGAAAAAUUCAAAUUCUUCUGAAAAGCUGAAUGAGUAUACAGAAUUUCUGAUAUACCAAGUAUAAAGUACACCUAAUA